UGCUCUACUGGAAGCUACUCCGUUUCUUCUUCACCAAGGAGGAUUAGGUUCUGCCGAUCGCUCCUUUGAUCUCUUAGAUCACUGCUGCUCUUCAGUGGAUCUUUGACCAAAUGCUGCCCCAUCUGUUUUGCUCGGAGAUCCCAGGUCCUCUGGAUGAAGGCAGCCUUCGGUUGCCCCAUCAGAAAGGCAGCAGCAACAUGAAGAUCCCCGUUUCCUUCGCCUCCUGUGAGAAGCACAGUGAAGACGAGGACUCGGAUUCUGCGUUUUCCUUGGAUUCUAGUGUAUUUUGCAGCGAAUAUUCUGCUGCCCCCCGAGAUCAUUUUACCAUCAAUGUAGGGGGCAGCCGCUUUGUGGUAUCCCAGCAGACGUUGUCCAGCCACCCCGAGACAAGGCUUGGGAGGUUGGCAACCUCGGGUGGCCAGGAGGUCUAUGAUCUUUGCGAUGAUGCGAACUUGCUGGAUAACGAAUAUUUCUUUGAUCGAAGCUCCCAGAUGUUUGAAUACAUCAUGAACUAUUAUAAAACAGGAAGACUUCAUGUCAUGGACCAACUGUGUGCAGUUUCAUUCUUACAAGAGAUCGAGUACUGGGGUAUAGACGAGCUGAGCAUUGACAACUGCUGCAGAGAUAGGUAUUUUAGGAAGAAGCUGAAAAUUGAAAGUCUUGACAUAAAGAAAGAUGAAGAAGAAAUAGAGACUGAGGAGGAUGACUUCUCUGGUGUUAUCUUUGAGCAUCUAAGACAAAAGUUAUGGGACAUUUUGGAAAAACCAGGGUCAUCUGUGGCUGCCAAAACAUUUGGUACCUUGUCCAUGACCUUUGUAGUUGUCUCCAUAGCUAACAUGGUACUCAUCUCCUCUGAGGUCUCCACCAUAGACCCACCUCUGUUGAAUGUUGUGGAAUAUGUCUGCGUAUUCUGGUUUACUGCGGAGCUCCUGCUCAGAUUUCUGUGUGUGAGGAACAAGUGGGGGUUCUUGAGGAGCGUUGUGAACAUCAUUGACAUCAUUGCAAUAGUGCCCUUUUAUAUUACUCUACUAGUGGAGACAUGGUAUGGGGAGAACACAGAGCUCGAGAACGUUGGUAGGAUUGUUCAGAUCCUGAGGCUCCUGAGAUCUUUGAGGAUGCUGAAGCUUGGAAGACAUUCAACAGGUUUAAAAUCUCUGGGAAUGACAAUUGCGCAAUGCUAUGAGGAGGUUGGCCUGUUACUGUUGUUCUUGUCUGUUGGAAUCUCCAUCUUCUCGGCUCUGGAAUAUGCUGUUGAGUUUAAUGUCCCUGAUACAGCAUUUACCAGCGUGCCAAGUGCCUGGUGGUGGGCAACAACCUCAAUGACCACAGUAGGUUAUGGAGAUAUCAGACCAGACACUACUUUCGGGAAAAUUGUGGCCUUUUUGUGCAUCUUAUCAGGAAUAUUAGUUUUAGCAUUACCAAUCGCCAUUAUUAAUGACCGCUUUGCCGCGUGUUAUUUCACUUUGAAAAUGAAAGAAGCAGCUCUACGUCAAAGAGAAGCAUUAAAGAAACUAAUGAAGAACAUAAACACGGAAUCGGACAUCAAUGUUAACCUAAGGGACAUUUAUGCAAAAAGCGUCAUGGAGAUGUUACGUCUAAAGACAAGGGAACGGGCAAGCACAAGAAGCAGCGGUGGAGACGAGUUUUGGUGAUGUUCUUUGUAUUGUACUAGAACAUUCUGUGCAGUGUACAUGGAUAGCUAUUCUUUAGCAAAAACCCGAUUACGCAAAAAUUAUUGUCACUUAGUUGUUUCUCAAACAAAUUCUCAAGGACUUCUUGAAAUCCGUAAAUAUAUAUAUAUAUGGUGUGUUUUGGUUUGUUAUUCAUGUCUCUAUAAUGCAUUUAUUUGC